AUGUCGGACAAGACAAAUGGGGGCGGAAUAUUGGCGGCUCCGAAGAAUGCGAUUGACAACCGUGGUCUAUUGGCCAUUCUAAACGGUACCAAUAUCGAUCGCGUCUGGCUCGGCAUGUCCUGCACCGGUCUCUCCCCAUCCACAUGUCAAUGGGCAGACAAGACAAGUGUAACCUACAGUAGCUUCUCGAGUGGAUUCCCAAACCAUCGAUUUGGUGAAUGUGUCUACUACUCUGCCGACGGUUAUCCUGCCGGUCAAUGGGCCAGUGGAGAAUGCGAUGACACCCUUCCCUUCAUCUGUGAACUUCCUACUACUACCCAAAAUACAAAUGCGGACUGUCCGGUGAAUUACAACAAUCACUGUUACUCCAGAACCGAUGACCCAUUGUCUUUCUCUUGGGCUCAAGCGGAUUGUGCUCACACCCCAGCCGGAAACUUGGUUUCUAUUCACUCCUAUCUUGAGAACAGAUUCAUAACUUCUUUGUAUAACGAAACAACAAAUGUAUGGAUUGGAGCACUUGCUCCUGGAUCUGCUUUGAUUGUUUGGACUGAUGGAACGCUAAACGAUUACUAUAAUUUGAAGAAUAUCGGAACUGGAAGUUGUGUUUCAAUGAGUCUAGCGUUGGAUAACACCACUGGAAUUUGGGCGUCCGGAGAUUGUGAAGCUGAGAAUUUCUCACUUUGUAAAUAUCCAGUUAGCUAG